AACAACAUCAACAACAACAACAAUAACAACAACAACAACAUCAACAACAACAACAACAGUAGAGUGAUAGAAUUAAAAAAACAAAAUGGGUACGGUGUUGAGUUUUUCCCCGCGCGAGCGACGCCCCGUGUACGCGUCGGCUUCGGCGGGCGAUUUCACGUUGAACAACAUCACCUACGAGCAACUGAACAACGCCAAGAACAACCGCGAGAACAGACCGGCGACGGGCGGAGGCGGCGGCGGCGGCGGCGGCGUGGGCGCCAACAACCGCGCCACCCUCUGCCAGAACAACAUCAACAUCAACAACAACGAGAACGCGCGCAUCAUAUGCGAGAAGAACGCGCUCGAAAAGAACCUGCGGAAGCACUCGCUCUUCAUCAACGCCCUCUCGUGGCGUCGAUUCUCCACCGCCAACAACGGCAAGAAGAAGCUCGACAACAACAACAAGAACAAAAACAACAUGACGGCGUUCCGGCAACCGUUGGCCGACAACGUCAGGCCGCAGAUGUGCGACAAGAACAAGAACAAACAGGCUUCGUACUACGUGCAAACGAACAAGAGCGCCUCGGCGCUCGCCUUGGACGUCGUCCGGGCGAACAAUUCGAACAACAACAACAACAAUAACAACAACAACGCGCGUAGGGAGAAGGUGGUCGACAAACAGGCGAUAUUGAGCGGCGGGUGCCAGAACCAGGUGGUGCCGACGUCGGUGGGCGUCGCGGCGGCGGCGGCGCCGCUCAGGAAAACCGUCAUACAGGCGUCGACGUCGGAAUUGUUGAAGUGUUUGGGGAUGUUUUUGCACGCAAAGUGUUAUAAAUUAAGGGAUUUCCAGGCCGGAGAUGCGGUCAUGUGGCUGAGGACCGUCGAUAGGAGUUUGUUGUUGCAAGGAUGGCAGGACGUGGCCUUCAUCAAUCCAGCCAACGUGGUGUUCGUGUACAUGCUGGUCAGGGACCUGGUGAAAUCGGACAUCGAGUGCGAGCAGGACCUCCAAGCGGUCGUGUUGACCUGUCUCUAUCUGUCCUACUCGUACAUGGGCAACGAGAUCUCCUAUCCUUUGAAGCCCUUCCUCGUGGAGGACUCGAAAGAGAAGUUCUGGGACCGGUGCUUGGACAUUGUCGAUAGGCUAUCGUCGAACAUGCUCCGGAUCAACGCCGAGCCCGGCUACUUCACCGAGAUCUUCACCGAGCUGAAGGGCUGCGGCAUCGGCAACAUCGUAGCCAACAACCUGGCCAACAUGGCCUGUCACAACGUCCCGACGUCGACGUCGACGACGCCCGCCUGACGGCGUCGCGACGCCUCAUCCGCCGCCGUCGUGAGGCUGAGCCUGGCGGAGGCGCCGCCGUCGGUGCCCUGCGAGGUUUGAUUUCCACGAGGACUGGUUAAUAUUCAUCGUACCUUCGGUAUCUUCCAAGUUAAAUUAACCGGUUGUUAAGUAUAUACAGGGCUUUUCACGGUAACCGUCCAUUAGAUG